GACACAGAGAGACAGCCACCGUUCAUAUCGGCGAGCUUCAGACAUUCACACGGCAGACAACUGCAACUUGCUCUUAUGCGAUCUCCGGCGGAAGAAAUAAGGAAUAGGUAAUAAUAAUUACACCGGCUUACAAAUGCUAUUAACCGCGUGAGCGGUGACCGGAAUGGAAAUACACGAGCCGGCAAUGAAAAGUUGUUUGAUCCGGGUGAUCGUGUGAGCGCACGAAAGUCAUGUCAACAGGUAUCAGCAGAUGAGGUGGGCUGAUCUUCACAAACCAUCAUGGAUAUCAACUACUGGGCAUUCAUUUAUCCCAAAAUGCAGUGCCUGGAUGGGUCUGGCUUCAUAACACCUUCUUGUGUCUGAGCUGUGAUACUUUGGGCUCACAGGCUGCAAACAGCAUGACACAAAUGGACUACAAGUACAGCCUGCUGGGCUCCACUGUGGACGACUACCGGAAGAGGCCAUUGCUCUUGCAGGUGGACAACACGCCUAUGAACUUGUUUGCAGUUCUGGAGGUGAAACGGGAGCUGCCGAAGCACUGGAACACCCUAGGCUGUUUCCGAAAGAUGCGUCUAUGUGGCUUCCUGUUCAUUGUGACUGUCAUGUUCCUCAUCAUGGCUUCGUACAUUUUGACAGGGGACAAAAAAGGCCUCCUCCUCACCCCGUCACCUUACCACUUCAGCAGCCUGGUCAGCCCGGGACCUUUAACCUUCAACCUCUCUUCAGUGAAAGAUUAUGCACAUAUCAAAGCGGUAGUGAAGUCCAUUGCAUCAAAAGUGGAGUUUAGAAGCAGGCGACGUCUUCCAGAGCAUGAAGCACUGGUUAAGAGUGAGCCACAUAUGUUUUCUGCUAUUCCUUCCAAAUUCCUUCCAAACAUCAAGAACCCCUGCUGGUAUGAGGAAUACACUGGAAACAUCUCCUCGGACCCAUACAGGGCGAAUUUGUACGGACGCUAUUCGCGGCGCUUUCGGAUAGUUUUUCAACACUUGAGGACCACCUUCCAUGAACAUUUGUUUCAUCGCAACAAGAAACUUUACCGCAUGCGGUGCCUGCCUUAUUUUUAUAUUAUUGGCCAACCUAAAUGUGGCACAACAGACCUGUAUGACAGACUGAGGCUCCACCCAGAUGUCAAGUUCACCACUUUCAAAGAACCACACUGGUGGACCCGCAAGAGGUUUGGCAUCAUUCGUCUUAGUGAGGGCUUCCAUGAUCGAUAUCCAGUGGAAGACUACCUGGACUUGUUUGAUCAGGCUGCUUACCAAAUCCAGGGCAACCUCACAGUAAAUGCCAGUGGAUCUCCCAGUCACCCUAACAUCAUUAUAGGCGAAGCCAGCGCAUCCACCAUGUGGGACAACAACGCCUGGGUGUAUUUCUAUGACAACACCACAGAAGGGGAGCCGCCUUUCCUUAUCCAAGACUUCAUCCAUGCCCUGCAGCCUGAUGCACGCUUCAUUGUUAUGCUCAGAGACCCUGUAGAAAGGCUCUACUCUGACUACCUGUACUUUGGUAUUGCCAACAAGUCUGCAGAGGAUUUCCACGAGAAGGUGUCAGAGUCGCUGCAGCAGUUUGAGGGGUGCCUUAUGGAGUACUCAAUGCGUUCCUGUGUAUACAAUACUACUGUCAACAACGCCAUGCCAGUGAGAUUGCAAGUUGGCCUGUACAUUGUCUACUUAAUGGACUGGCUGACUGUCUUCAGCAGAGAACAGAUUCUAGUUCUAAGGCUGGAAGACCAUGCUUCCAACAGGAAAUACACUAUGCACAAAGUCUUUGAUUUUCUUAGCCUGGGACCACUGACAAAAGAAAUAGAGUCAGGAAUUACAAGAAAUCCGGCCUCAAACACCAGGAGACCAGCUGACAAAAACCUGGGACCCAUGCUGCCCAUCACUAAAGAGAUCCUACGGGACUUUUACAUGCCAUUUAAUGAGAAACUUGCAAAAGUGCUGCGGAAUGACUCGUUCCUCUGGGAGAGCGGCUCAAAACUCUGAACUGCCUGUUUUUUUUUUUUUUUUUUUUUUUUUUUUUUUACAGUAAAUAAAAAAAUUUAAGGGAAAAACAACCCCUUUUUUUGGGUUUCAUCUUUCUCAAGUGCCCAUUAAAGAAUAAUGAUUUUUUUUUCUUCUAAUUUAAAUUAUUUUUAAGUUAUAAAAGCAGAAAUGAAUCAAAGAUAGAAAAUAGCACAAGCAAGUGUGUUUUUGUUGUGAGUCAGUGUGAGAGAAAAGGAAUGAGUGAAUAUAAGAGAUGCUGGCAGGUAUUGAUUGUUGUUUUCUUGUGAUUAGAUGUACAAAAAUAAAUAGUACAUUUCAA